CAAGUGAGAAAAAUGUUUGAGAAUAUGGAAGAUGUUGCCUCAACUUUCUAUGCUGACUUAAUUUAUCGUCUCCUUCUCCAACUAACCGUUCUUUCCCACACAGCUUCAUGCUCACUUGAGUGGCAGUAUCAGCCGGCAAUGUCUCCAUGAAAUCUGGGUUAGGAAGAAGGCAGUCGGAAUGACCGAUCUGGAAGAUCCAUUGGUAGUCAUGCCUGUGGAUAAGCACGACUACGAUCUCAACACCUUCUUCCCCCUCUUCUCAUCCUACAUCUACCACCUCGUCAACGAUGCAGAAGCGCUAGAGUACACAACCAAGUCCGUCAUCAAGGACUUCGCAGACGAUGGGGUGGUCUACGUCGAGCUACGAACAACCCCCCGCGCUAUGCCCAGCGCAGGCCUGGACAAGGCAGGUUACGUUAAUGUCGUGCUGGAAGCUAUCACUUCCGCCGAGCGGGAAAACCCUAGCAUCCACACACGGCUGAUCCUCUCGGUCGACCGGCGCAACAACCGGGACGAAGCCUUCGAGGUCGUCUCCCUGGCGAAGCAGUUUCGGGCCCGCGGCGUCGUGGCCGUCGAUCUGUGCGGCGAUCCGGCCAAGGGCGACGUCUCGCUCUUCACGCCGGCUUUUCGGGAGGCUAAGCAUGCAGGGUUGGGGUUGACGAUUCACUUCGCGGAGGCGAAGUGUAGCGCCAGCGAGGAGGAGUUGGAUACGAUUCUGGUAUGGGGACCUGAUCGAUUAGGGCACGUGAUACAUGUACCGGACGAGGUUAAGCGGCGGAUUGUUGAGACAGGGAGGGAGAGGGGCAGGGGGUUGGGGCUGGAGUUGUGUUUGAGCUGUAAUGUGCAUGCUAAGAUGAUUGUGGGGAGUUUCGAGGCACAUCAUUUUGGGGAGUGGUGGAGGGUGGAGGGGGUGGUGGUUGUGCCUUGCACGGAUGAUGUGGGUGUUUUUGGCAGCCCUGUGUCAAAUGAGUGGAGGUUGAUUGAGGAACAUUUCAAGCUGAAACGGGAGGCAUUGCUAGGGUUGGCAAGGAAGGGGAUCGAUGUCAUAUUUGGUGGCGAUGAGGAAAAGAGGAGAUUGAGGGAAGUGAUGUGGUAGUUUGGUGUGAACAAUACGGACAAGCAGAUAUUGUUCAAUGGAUUGAUUCAUCGUCACGUCGGCUUGAUUUAUUCCUCUGGCCCAGCCGGCGGUCUGGAAUUCGAUUCCUGGAGGAGUCUGU